GUGUUGGGAGGCAUCUCAUUCUUUGAAAUCUUUCUUUUAAGAGUUCUUGUUAAUUUUUUUUUUCUUUUUUUUUUUGCAGGCCAUAAUGGAAGAAGCCAACAGAUGUGGUAAUGACCUGGCCAAGCUAAAAGAUAUUCUCAGUUCUAUCUUGCUCAUCUGCAAAGUGUUCUACAGUUUAAACUUCCAGGACUUACCUGAACACUUUGAGGAAAACAUGGAGAAAUGGAUGAAGAACUUUCUUAUUCUCCUCACAAUAGACAGCAAGCAACUGAACCUAGAGGACACUGAUGAGACAGGACCAUUAGAUCUUAUCAAAUCACAGAUCUGUGAUAAUGUAGCAUUGUAUGCACAGAAAUAUGAUGAGGAUUUUGAGGUAAGAGUUGAUUUUAAUAGCAACAGGGGAGCAGGGAUGGCACAGUGGUGAGAGUGGCCCGGGUUUGAUUCCGACCUGGUGCCAUAUGUGGGUUGAGUUUGUUUUUGGUUCUUGCCUUACUCUGAGGGUUUUUCUACAGGUUUUCCGGGCUUAAAAAAGGCGUCGUCCAGUCGUCCAGGACAAGUAGAUUUUCUUGCCAGAUCUCCAAAUUCCAAUUCAACCGGGAUAGAGUUCUCGCAUGAAAAACCAGCUAAGGCUGAUGUGGCUUCGUCUCCGUUGUAAAUAAAUAAAAAUAAAAAGCAUUCAUUUAUAACCAAUCAUGUUUGUACGCUUUUAAAGCAGGAGAAAUUUUAUUUAUUUGCUGUAUUUUCUCCUUCGACCCUUGAGCACCCAUGAGGCCUGUACAAAUUUCCGAACAGCUUACUGCAUGUCGAACUCUCCUCCCCCAACUAACAGGACACUUAGAUCGGUACUGUUUUAGCAGCGACGCAUUUUAUUUUUAAGAUGAUUACCUCUCUUAUUUUUAUUAUAUAGACACUGGUUAUCUAUGAUGUUUAAUGAUUUA